AUAACGAAAGGCUUAACUAACCUUUCUGACUACGUGCUGAAAAACGUUACAACGACGUGAGGCGGGCGCGCUCAGCCAAUCACGCGCACGUAAAUCCGCCGCGGGGCGCGCGCCGGCGCCCGCACCCUGCGCGUCCCUCCCCUCCGACAUCCUCACCUCGGAAAGCUUCGCACACCUGGAAAACUGACACAGCGCCUGAGACCAGAGCAUCGCCCGCGCCGCGCCUACUCCUUGACUAUCUCUCGGAUAAUAGAUUUGACGAUUUUGUGAAGUGAUAGUGGUAUCAUAAAAAUGCUACACUAGAUUCAAAGUUGCACCAAAGAUAAAUUAACAUAAUAAAACAUUGUUACAUAGAUUCAGUAUUACUAUGGAGUCGGAAACGAAUACAACGGCGGGCGACGGCGAAAAUCAACAGGAAUUGCAAGCUACUGCAGAAGCAUUACAACUUGUAAAACAUGAAGAGAGGAUCGAACACGAUCAAUCAACAAACAAGAGUACGAGCUCUCCGGCCGAUACGGCUGCCGACCCACAGCAGUCCCCGCAUCCGCAGUCGCAGUCAGUAAUAACGUCUCGUCGUGCCGUACGUACUAUCACUGCCGCCGGACACAUCACCACCGAUGACGUUGAUGUCAAUCCUGAAGAUGGCGUGAAGGACGAACCCCCUGAACCACCGCCGGUAGAACAUGAACAGCAUCCCAUGCACCAAUAUACACCAAAACUGGAAGAAAGCGAGGCACGGAAUAUCGCACAGCAACAUUACGACGAAGAAAGGCUACGCUUAGCCGAAGCAGAAACAGCUCGAUAUCUAGCUUUCAAACCGGAAUCUUAUAGAUCACUACCAUCCCCAGAUAAACGCAUGCAGGUACAAUAUACUCGUGCUCCACAGCGCCCCACGUACGGCAGGGGACUGUCUUUGCGUUACGGUGCGUCGCAUCACGUUAUAGUCGCGCAGGAAAACAAUGCAGAAGAUCACGAUCCGGAUGCUUUCCUGGGACACAAAGACAAACCGGAACAAUUACAAUACGCCCAAAAUGAUGACAUCGGCGCACCGGGUACCAGUGAUGGCAGGCAAUAUGGAGCAGUUCUGAGCGAUCAAGUGUCGGCGUCGUCAUCGCUUGAAAUGAUUCAGACGACUUCUUUGAACAGUCAACAGUCAAUCGGUGUUGCGUACCAACAAGUUAAAUAUGAGACCAGAGGAGAACCUGAAUUACGACCUACGACAUAUGCUAGUCUGCAGCCAGUAACUUCUGUACACGGAGGUUAUGCAUAUGCGGGACAGAGCCCUCAGUAUGGUGGAGCUGGAGGAUACGGAGCGUACGGUGGCGGAGGCAAGGAGCUGCUUACGCUCUACGGAGCGGCGGGCGCUGCGGCUUCCGGGACGAGAGGAGACGAGUCCCCGCCCGGCCAACUCCUCUACCGGAGCGAUCCUACACUAUCAUCGUCAUCCCUGACCACGCGCGGAACGCAUGUCGUGUACGGAUCGGUUGUACCGCAAUCGCAAACAGUUUACGAAGCUCCAGCUAGUCCAAACUCACAACAGGUAACAUUAUAUACACAUGGUAAUGCUGUACAAUACAAAGUCGCCGGCGAGCACUACCUAGGUCAGGGCGGUGGCGUGGAGUACGUGCCCGUGUCCGGAUACGACGGUGGCCUGCUCGUGGAAGGCUACGCGGCACCGGCGCAGCCCUGGCCUGCACAUAAUAUGCUACCAAUUGAUGACGGUUUUGAUGCCAGCAUGGCUGGGAUGGGAGAAGUGAAAGAAUGCGUGAACUGCGCAGCGGCAACCACUCCCCUGUGGCGACGCGACGGCACGGGGCACUACCUGUGCAACGCCUGCGGCCUCUACACGCGCAUCAAUGGUGUUAAUAGGCCACCUCUUAAAGGACAGAAAGCAAAACCUCAACAGGCACUGCCAACGAACGGUAACCGACGUGUGGGAGUGACUUGUGCGAACUGCCGCACGUCCAACACGACGCUGUGGAGGCGCAACAACAACGGCGAGCCCGUCUGCAACGCCUGCGGACUCUACUACAAACUGCACAACGUGAACCGGCCGCUAAGUAUGAAGAAGGAUGGCAUCCAAACGCGCAAGCGUAAGCCGAAGAGUAUGGGCGGCGCACACGGCGUGCCGCGGCCCGGCUCCGGCGCGCUCCCUGUGGAGGCACACUCGCACAAGGUGCUGCCUCCGCUGUACGCGGCGGUGGAGGGCGGAGGCGGCGCGGGGCUGCUGCUGCUCCCACCGGCGCGCCAUCAUCCCGACAUGAUACCACCGCUAGAGCGGACAGCAGCGACAGUAGCACCGGCGUAUUACCGCCCGCCCUAACUGCCCGGGCGGUCCUCUAAACAGUUUUUCACCACACCAGCUCGUAAACGCUCUCUUUAUACUUCAGAAACUAAUGAGAAAGUUGCAUUUUAUCCACAACAGUGCCAAAGUAAUUUGAUGCAAAUGUUGAGUUGUCUCCUCUUUAUGACUGGUAGAAUUUAGGUACUUUUAAGUGAUGAUCAUUUAAAAGCGUUCAUUUGGAUUUGACUUGUAAUAAUUUACAGUAUUUUCCUCGUGUUGGUGUGGUGGACACUUGGUGGAAAGUUUGUUUAAUCCUCGUGCCUUGAAACCCUCGAACCCUCAAAAUUCCACUUAUCCAACCACUCGCUACACUCGUAGUUCAAUUUUGGUAUCUGGUGGUACUUGGUCGGGUAUCAAUAUUAGCACUAGGGGUUGAACAAUUAUACAUCAAAUAACUAUUAUCUUUUAGCCGCCCAGAAGACUUUUAAAAGGCCAUACCAUCAUAAUAUAGCUUUUUUUUUAAUAAGUAACCUUACUGAUAAAAAAAAAAGUUAAAUUACAUUUGUUUUGGUAGAGUAGGUUAUGGUUUGUGCGCGGCUGGAGGAUAAUGCAAGUUCUUAAUAAGUCACUUGUAAAAUAUUAUCACAAAAGUGCCACAUCAAUAAUAACUAUGAAAUAUAACUUAUUACAAAUAUAUUUGCUACUAGAUGUAAUCAAAUAUUUUAUUUAAAAAUAGUCUGGUAACAAGUUUCGUGUAAGUAUAUUAUUUGCCAUAUAUCUAUGUAGGUACUUAAUUAUUUUUUUUUACCAAAAAGCGCUACGAUUUAAGAUAACCUUAAUAGUAGGUAGUUUAUGUGACUACUACAUAAUGGAAGGCAUUAAAACAAGAGUGGGUUUAUGAAACUAACUGAAAG